GACGGGCCGGGCCGCGCGCAGAGUCGACGGCGGGCGUCGCCCCGCGGAGGACAGCGCGUCGGCGGCCGCGGCCGCCCAGCUGCAGAAGAUGAAUAAUCUUUCAUUUAGCGAGCUAUGUUGCCUCUUCUGUUGUCCACCUUGCCCAGGAAAAAUUGCUUCAAAGUUAGCAUUUUUGCCACCUGACCCAACAUACACUCUGAUGUGUGAUGAAAGUGGAAGCCGCUGGACUUUACACCUGUCAGAAAGAGCGGACUGGCAGUACUCUUCCAGAGAAAAAGAUGCUAUUGAGUGUUUCAUGACGAGAACCAGUAAAGGCAAUAGAAUCGCUUGUAUGUUUGUGCGUUGUUCACCCAGUGCUAAAUAUACCUUACUCUUCUCACAUGGAAAUGCUGUUGAUCUUGGUCAGAUGAGCAGCUUUUACAUAGGUCUGGGGUCCCGGAUUAACUGUAAUAUAUUCUCAUAUGAUUACUCUGGAUAUGGUGCUAGUUCUGGAAAACCAACAGAGAAGAACCUAUAUGCAGAUGUUGAAGCUGCCUGGCUGGCUCUUCGGACAAGAUACGGCAUCCGCCCUGAAAAUGUGAUUAUUUAUGGCCAGAGCAUAGGAACGGUACCAUCUGUGGAUCUUGCUGCUCGGUAUGAGAGUGCUGCUGUUAUUCUUCAUUCUCCUUUGACCUCAGGAAUGCGAGUUGCUUUCCCUGAUACCAAGAAGACCUACUGUUUUGAUGCAUUCCCAAAGAAUACAAAGGAUAUUCUUGUGAAUGGGAAGCCAGAAGCCAAGUCAUCACUAGGUUCUUUAGCAGAAGAGCAAAAGUUAUUUCAAAAACAUUAUUUAUUCAGUGUUGGACUAGAGAGAUGUUACAAAUAUGAGGACCUGAGUUCUUCCCCUAAAUCCCAUUUUUAAUUAAAAAAAAACAAACAAAAAGAUAUUGCUGCUCGAAGGUAAAUCAGUUAGUAUCAGAGCUGGUGAGGGGUCGGAAAUAGAAACUGGUAGAUCCCUGGGACUCCUGGCCCACUGAACAUAGUCUGUUUAGCUGAAUGAUGGGAGUUACAAAGUUGGUCUGGUGACACAUAACCCACUUUUUCUGUCUUUUUCAUGAUUGGCAUACCUAGAUACUUCCCAGAAAUAAGCUAGUUGAAAAAGAAAAUACACUGUUAAUUCCUUUAUGGUGGACAUUUCUGCAUUGUUUUAUUGGGAAACAGAGCCUUGAGAGUACAGAGAUUGCUUAGCAGUUUCACUGAGUAAUAAGAUUACAUCUUACUUAAUAGUUAAAUUGUUUUUCUCUGUUGUCCAGAUUGGAGGGGGAAGGGUUGCAGAAAACAUGUUUGUAAGAUUUCCACUGCAUAGUUUCUCCUCUCAAGUUGCCUUUCUAAAGUUCUGUUUGCUUUGGUCUCUAUCAUACAUUUGAAGUGUUCUCUUCAGUAUCUGAUCAUUCUUGGCUAUGCACUCUUAUGUAAGAGAGGAGAACCAAAGAGCUACUCUGGUACACUUGUGCAAAGAAAACUGUGGAACUCUGCCUUGGAUGAGGAAGCCUGCCAGCCAGCAUUCUCAGAAGCCAAACAAGCCCCACAGAGCCAGCCUUUUAUGUGUUGUGUGCCUGUGGUACCUCUCCCCUAAGCUGGAGUCCUGCAUCUACAGACCUUUCAAAGUUGAAGGAAGAAAGUUACUCAGCUUUUCUAAGAAGUCUGGGAAAGAGGCCUUACUGUAUUUUAAAGGGACUUUGAAGGGUUCCUUCAUGUUUCAGUCCCUCCCCCAUCUCCAUGGCAAUGCCUGGGCCCUCUGGGGUGUUUCCAUUGUAACUUGCUUUUUCACUUUGCCUCCUGUUUACUUUAUAUUGUGGUUUUACCUGUCCUUUUAAUCAGUUGUUUCACACAUUCAUCUGCUUUCUAGCUUCAAGCCUUUUUACAUUAAUAGUCUCCCUGUUUUUUGUUAGUUUAUAACCUUAAACCAGAACAAAAACAAAAACAUUGUGCUUGAAUUUUAGUAACUGAUAGCAGGGAAUGAAAUUAGAGCAGUCAGGUGUCAUCCUUGGUUUGUUUCUUGAAGCCUAGGGAAAAGUCAGCACUGUAGGAAGGUGUUUCCGGGUAAGAAUGGCCCUGAGUGACUCAAGCAGAAGAAGUGUGCAAAGAUGACUCCUCCACCCCUGAGAGUGCAUAGAAAGGGUGGGUGGCUGGGUCCUGCUCAGACCUAAGUGGCUUCCAUCCCUAAAGCUGAUCUGUAUGCUUGUAAUGUUCUAACACAAGAUACUUGAUUUCCUUUUUAUAUAGUUCAUUGAUUUUUUUACU